CAGGGAGCAGUCACGUGUGGGCCCUUCAUUAGACCUUGUCAUAUAAGCCUAGGGCACGGACACGGGGUGGCCAGGAACUCUCUAGGCAAGGAUCCAGCAAGCAGAGGCCAUGCUGACCGCAGUGCUGCUGAGCUGUGUCCUGCUGCUGGCCCUGCCCACCAUGCAAGGGGCCCAGAUGGGCUUGGCCCCACAAGAGGGCAUCAGAAGGCCUCACCAGGCCCCGUUCCCUGAACUCCCAGACCUGGGCCUGCCAAAAAGGACAACUGCAGAACAAGAAGAAGCUCUGCUGCAGGAGGCUGAGGCCUUGGCAGAGGUGCUAGACCCGCAGGACCGUGAGACUCGCUCCCCGCGACGCUGCGUGCGGCUGCACGAGUCCUGUCUGGGACAGCAGGUCCCUUGUUGUGACCCGUGCGCCACGUGCUACUGCCGCUUCUUCAACGCCUUCUGCUACUGCCGCAAGCUGGGUACUGCCGCGAACCCCUGCAGCCGCACCUAACUGACCGACAUCGGAUUCGAAGCUGGGGCGGGGGCAGCGGCAGGAGCAGGGGCAGGAAGAUACAAAUAAAGGUUAGG